UUGCAUAUGUGUUCCGCACAUCUUCUACUUCGUUCUCCUUUUUGUUAUUCUCAUUCUAAACCCGUUUUUAUCUACCGAUGCCAAUCUCACUCUCGAUAGUAUACCAUCAAAGCCAACGAGGUACUUGAACACUUCGCCAAAUACGGUGAAAUCAAGGAUUUCUAUGACAGAAUUGAGAGUCGCGGCAUGAUCUUUGUUACCUAUUAUGAUGUGCGAGCUUCGCAGCAAGCCAAGGAAUGCAUGCAAGGGACCGUUUUACAUGAACGUGCGAUUGAUGUUCAUUAUUCCCUACCGAAGGAAGAAGAAGAGGGAGAAAAAUGCACUCGAGAAAAGAACCAGGGCACAUUGUUGUAUACCUUGAAAGACACGAAUAUCGUUCUGCAAGAUGAGGAACUUUAUGAUUACUUUGGUCAGUUUGGUGAUGUCAAAGUGAUUCGCGAUGCUCAUUUCAGAAAACAUGAUGGAAGACAGCAUGCUGGACGACAAAAAUUCGUUGAAUAUUACGAUUCUCGCGAUUGUGUUCGAGCCUUUGAUCACACCCACAAUAAACCUUACAAAGGCGGGCACUGGGAUGUCAGCUUUUUCUGGGAUCAUCCCAACAAGGAUCGACAUGAGGCCAUUGCCAAAAGAAAAGGAAUUCAGCACGACCGACAGCGACAGCGUCCUCCUCGUUAUUCUACCGAUGAUGAUUCGAGAUCGAUAGGUUCCAGAUCAGGUUACGGUGAUGUAUGUACACAGAACUUGUCCUUUUUUGUCCAUAACACGGAUGAUCUUAACCAAGAUUGUCAUUUUCAUCAGCCGGCCAAUAUGAAUUAUGGCGCACCUGGACCUGCUCCUCCCGUGUCAUCGUAUGGCUCCGUGGCCCAACCUCCUACUACUGACCAAGCCUCAAUGCCUCAGCAAGCCUCGGCGGCUCAAGUGCAACAACUUUUGGGCUUAUUGACGCAAGCGGCUCAACUGCAACAACAGCAGCAACAGCAACAACAACAACAGCUGCACCAACUACAACAGCAGCAGCAACAACAGCUACAGCAACAGCACCAGCUACAGCAGUUACCGAAUCAGACAGUUUCUCCUCCACAGCAAUCGAUGCAAGCUCAACCACAAACGUCCUAUGCUCCACAAACGUCCUAUGGUGCGCAAUCGUCUUAUGCUCCACAGUCGUCUUAUGCUCCACAACCGUCCUAUGCUCCACAAACGCCUUAUGCUCCACAAAUGCCCGUCUCGUCGGUGAACUAUACGGAAGCUCCAGCCCAACCGUCCAUGCAACCUGGGACUCCGUCUUUAGCCCAAUCACUGGCGCAACUGGCAAAUGCAAACCCUGUUCAGCCAAUGACAACAGCACCACCAGCGCAGCAACCUGUUUCUCAAUCGAUGCCAAGCAUGCAGACGGUGGCGGCGUUAAGUCAACUUGCGCAGCUAUUGCAGGGUCAGCAGCAACCGCCAUUAACUCCACCUCAACAAACCUCGUAUGCCUCUCCUGUGGGUGGAUCGGUUCCUGCUGUAGCGCCUCCAGCGUCCGUGCCAGCUCCAAAUCCGGCACCGACGAGCUCUUCACCCCAAUCUACUGAAUCCGGUCCUGAAUCGCCAAUAAUCUAUUAUUUUGAUUCCAAGCCGUCAAUGAAGCCGUAAGAUAGAUCAUGUAUAAUUUUUAGCCCAAUAGAAGCAUGGGAAUCGCUUGGCUUUUUUCUGCCCCAUCUUCUUCGCGUCAUAUAAUCUCCCUUCUUUUUUCUUUUUCCGUUUGAAUGUCUUUGUAUUCAUUCUUUGGUUGUUUGCUGAUUGCGUAUGGCCCAAUAUUGUCUAUUUUCUUUCUUUAUAUUGCACGCAAUGCACGGCAUGUAUUGCUGAUGGUUGCAAGCGUCAUUUGGUACUUUGCUAAAGCGACGCAGUUCAAUCAUGCUGUAAGCAUUGUGUACAGCAUCACCAUCCAGGAGUUACU